AGUUUUAUCUGACAUGCUGGUAUUUGCUAAUUUGUAUUUUAUCAGUGUUUUACACACUCACACACACACACAUAUUAGGUUCUCUUUUAGAUAUGAAUCAAGUGAUUAAAAAUGAACUACUUUAAUUGUCACCGCAAUGUCUGUAAAAGCUCUAAAAAGAAACAUAUCCUGAAGUUGUCUUCUGUUCUGUGUUUCAGUGGAAAUUGCGGGUUAGAGAGCAGAGCAGAGAGUGGAUUUACAUGCCAAGGGUAGAAGAGGAGGAGGAGAGAACUUCCUUCAGCCCGAUCUGAGACGCGGGGCUGUGGAGGAGCAGCUCACACACCUUCCUGCGCGAAGCUGCGCCGCUCACCAUGGGAGACGCGCUGAAGGACGGGGCGGACAACGUGAUCUACAUGGACAGCAAUGCGACAACAACAGUGAGGAGCGAUCCGGCUGGGGAAACACAGGGGAAAAGCGAAUUCGUAGACUCGUACGUGGACGAGAUGUUCCUGGAGGGAGAGACCUCGGACGGUAAGCGCGCUCCCCCUCGCAUCCCCUCUCCUGCGCCGCGCAACUUGUGCGACGUGGACGCGCUCACCGUGACACCCGGGGCGGGAGGUGAGCGAAGCCUUUGGGCAGAGCUCGCACUGCCGCAAAUAACGCCGGGAUUUCAUCGAGGGCUCGAGAGGGGGGACCACCACGCCAAAGACACCGCGUCGUGGCCGGACAAGCCGGUGUUUCCAACAGCAUCGGAGUCCUCCUUGUGUUUGGGGUCCGCAGAAAGUUUGGAGAGUCUGAUCGGUGAAGCCACCUCUACAUCCGACUACAAGAGGGACAACAAGCAGCCAUCGGCAUCGCUCGGCAUGAUGGAGACGCAGCGGCAGCAGCAGGGUACCGAUUUGAAUCUUACCUCGGAUUUACUCCAGUUGAGCACAUCCAGCAGGGCAGGUGCCGAGGAGGAGAUGCGCCUUCCGCAACUUGACCUCUCUGCGCACUUCUACUGCCCACCACCCAACGACAUGAUGAUGAUCUCGGAGCACAGUGCCUAUUUUGCGGGCUUGUCCCCCGCCUUUGUCCCCAAAAUCAAGGCAGAUCCCAGCGAUGUGACAUCCCCGAUGGGCGAAGGGGUGGUGAGCAGCGCUUUGACCAACAUUUUCAGGGGGAAGGUGGCGGAGCGCCACUCGUGGUACCAGCAGUGCGGCGUGUCGGACGGUAGCAGUAAGCGCCACGAGACCCUGUCCUCCUUGUCCCUGUCCCCAGCUGGCAUCAGCAGCACCUCCACCUACACGGCAUUUGCUGGUCUGCUGCCACAGAGGAUGUGUUAUAUCUGCGGGGAUGAGGCCUCAGGGUGCCACUAUGGAGUCCUCACUUGUGGAAGCUGCAAGGUUUUCUUCAAAAGGGCUGUUGAAGGUCAUCAGAAGUAUUUGUGUGCUGGACGCAAUGACUGUAUCGUGGAUAAGAUCCGGAGGAAGAACUGCCCUGCCUGCCGCCUCAGAAAGUGCUACCAGGCUGGGAUGAUGCUGGGAGGACGGAAGUUAAAGAAGUUUGGCGCGCUGAAGCCCAUGGGUUUGCCACUGACCGCCCCACCUGGAUUGGCUCUCUCCUGUGAAAGCCUGGAUUUGGCCUCUGCGGCCUGUGUUCCCACCAUCCGUGAGCUGAACGCCAGUCCACAGAUCAUCAGCAUUUUGGAGAACAUUGAGCCCGAGGUGGUGUUCUCCGGGCAUGACAACUCCUUGCCUGACCUGCCUCACUACCUGCUCAGCAGUCUCAACCGUCUGUGUGAAAGGCAGCUGCUGUGGAUCGUCAAGUGGUCCAAAUCGUUGCCAGGAUUCCGCGGUCUGCACAUCAACGACCAAAUGUGCCUCAUUCAGUACUCCUGGAUGAGCCUCAUGCUAUUUUCCCUGGGUUGGAGGUCCUAUAAAAAUGUGACCAGGGAUUUCCUUUACUUCGCACCAGAUCUGAUCAUGAAUGAAGAGAGAAUGAAGCAAUCACCCAUAGCCGACCUGUGCAUUGCCAUGCAGCUCAUCCCGCAUGAGUUUGAUAACCUGCAGCUCACAAGGGAGGAGUUUCUCUGCAUGAAGGCUUUGAUGUUGCUAACCAUAGUGCCCCUAGAGGGCCUCAAGAGCCAGGAGCAGUUUGAGGAGAUGCGGCAAAACUACAUCCGGGAGCUGGGCAAAACCAUCCAGUUUAAGGACCCUGGGGUAGCAGGGUUCUCGCAGCGCUUCUACCGUCUCACCAAACUGAUGGACACCAUGCAUGAGAUAGUGAAGAAGGUGAAUCUGUACUGCCUAAGUAUCUUCAUCCAAGCAGAUGCCAUGCGAGUGGAAUUUCCCGAGAUGAUGUCAGAGGUCAUCGCUUCCCAACUCCCCAAAGUACUGGCAGGGAUGGUGAAACCCCUGCCCCUCCUCUUUCAUGGUAAAUAAUGGUAAUUCAGAGAU